AUGCCGACCUCCGCCCCCAAGAAAAUCCUCCUCCUCAACGGCCCCAACCUCAACCUCCUCGGCACCCGCGAACCGCACAUCUACGGCAGCACGACUCUGCCCCAAGUCGAGACCGCCUGCGCGGAGCGCGCCACCGCGUUGGGCGCAACGCUGCAAUCCUUCCAGUCGAACCACGAGGGCGCACUGGUGGACCGGAUCCAGCAGGCCCGGACGGAGAAAGUCGACGCCAUCAUCAUCAACCCGGGGGCGUACACGCACACGAGCGUGGCGAUCCGCGACGCGCUGCUCGGGGUGGCGAUCCCCUUUAUCGAAUUGCACGUCAGCAACGUGCACGCGCGGGAACCCUGGCGCCACCACAGCUACUUCUCCGACAAGGCGAGUGGGAUUAUUGUCGGGUUGGGGGUGGAUGGGUAUACCAUUGCGGUGGAGCAUGUUGUCAGGAAGUUUGCGAAGUUGGAGUAUAAAUAA